AAAGAAAAAGUAAUUCUAAAAGGAAAACUUACUUCCUUCUGUGCUUUCUAUUCCUAGUUAGCUUUCAAAGAUACUUUUUUGUGAUUCUACAAUGGGCCUCAUCUUGGCGCCAAGCGCCCUUCAGAGACCGCCCAAGGAGUCCAAAUUGUGUGCUGCUGAGUAGUUGAUUUAGUAAUUUCUAGUCAUCAUCUAUCCAAAUACUGCGACAAUUGUUAGAUUUUUCUUCCUUUUCAAUCCAGAGGCAAGGGAAUAGGGCCUAGAUUAUUCAGGUCUCUUACCCGAAUCGAGGCGGAAACAGAGGCAAAAGGACGGAUUCUUUCCACGCACUUGGCGCCAAGCCUGAUGAAUCAGAGUUUGAGCAGGGAAAGACCGUGUGCUUUUCUAUCUCCCGUGGAAAUAUCGUAAGAGAAGAAAGAGUCGACAGGUAAUGUUGAGAGCGGGGCCGGUACGGUUCUUCUUCUGUGAAUACUCCGCUUUACUUUUACUCUUGAAUUUGGCAUGCAGGAGAAAGAAGCUCGACAAUGUUUAGACAAGGGACAAAUCGUGCACGCAAGAAAGGCGGGAUGAUUUGACACUCAAAGCUAGUAGCACGUAAUAUUAAACCAUCUCAGGUAGGCAGACGAAGAUUCCACACCAAGUGUCGCAAAUGAACCCCAAGAAGUUAGGCAAAGGCCAAGGGCACGGAUCGGGGGCUACGACUUUCUUUCUAGUGGGGGCCCAGCUGGAAAGACAUGAUCCAUUCUCUUUUUCUUCGUUUGGCUUCCGCCCACUGUUCAUCCGCUUUCCACUUGUCGUUUGUUUGGAUGAGACCAGAUUCUUUAUCUGCUCCUAACCCAACCCAGGAAUGAUGCCUCUGCUCAACGAGGAGUGCCUGGGUGCAUCGCCCGCAGCGUGGUCAAUUGGGAAGUCUGGCAAAGGCGCUACACUACAGUAGACGCUUUGGCAGUUUACCAUGGCUUGAUGUUAUAGUUGUCAUGCUAAAGCCGUUGAUAGCUACUUCGCUUGACGAGCUAAGUAGAAAUACUUUGUGGAUUCAUCCACUUUAGACUCUUGCUUCUUCUCUGACUUUCCUUUGAUGUCUGCUAUUCGAAUCAGUCGAUUAGCUUUCGAAGGCGGUAACCAAUCCGUCUUGCAUCUUUCUUUCUUCUGGUAAUGCAAAUGGAAAUUCUCGUUAUGAUGGAUCAUCUCGCUAUUUCUAUUUCUUUGCAGUUACUGGUUGGUGGAUAGGGCGCUUAUCCCCGUCUUAUUUCCUGUAAAUAAAUAUCCUGCUCUUGAGCAAUACAGUCCUACCGUCCGACUUCCCUUCCAGCUCUUCUUGUUCGAUACCGCUUGUGAGGAAGGUACCGAAAAGAGAUAGAAUCCUUGUCUUCCGUAUUGGAAAAGUAAUCGGUGGUCUUGUUCUGUCAAAGGUCGCCUUAGAACUGGGGUAUGUCUUGAUGGAGUGGAAUCAAUGAAGGGUGGUUCACUCAACCACCAACUCUGACUCCUUGUAGACACCACAUUUUGUCUGGAUUUCGACCUCUUAGUCAUCGGACUUCUUCAACAAUAUAAAGUCGACCGUAAUUGGAAUUAUUUACAAACAACGACCAAGUUGAGAAGUAUCACAGUUUCGGGUUUCAUAUUAGAGGAUUUGUUCAAUGUUGGAAGAUAAGGACGAGAAGAAUUCGUUCACAAAAUCAUUUAUUUUAUAAUUACUAUUAGUGGAACGUGGUUAUCAUCAAAAUAAACGGCACCGGGCUUAUAAUUAAACCAGAAUCUAAUAUGAUAUAAUUUUAGUGGUCCAGUGGGACCCAAAGGUAGCAAAAUUUAUAAAAUACACCCACAAUUUAAGUGGUCAAGUGUUUAUGGUCUUGAUUUCUCAUUCAAUGUCCUCACAAUUUUCAUUCCCAUGUACAAUACGACAAUUAGGAUUUCACCCGCAGGCUAUACUGUCAAGCAAGGAAGGCGACCUCAAAGACUGGCGGCUAAUUCGCGUGACGAAAAGCUAGGUUUUAUUCCAUCUGACGUUUCAUCGGAUCAUUCAUAGAUGACAUGCUUCUAAAGACUGCUGCUCAACGGCGUACGGCUGACGACAACGCAAGGCCGUGUACCGAAAAGCUGCCACCCAGUAUAAUGUACCAACGCCUGAAUUUGACGGACGCGACGAUGAUAGCUACGAAAUGUGCCGAGCCUAUGUCCUUCCCAAUCUAAGGGACAGUGUAGAGCGAACUUACCAGAUUCUUCCCGAUCAUCCCCAGAUAUAGAUGCGUCACACAAGUAACUCUCUCCUGAUCCGCGACCGUGACCUAAUUUCUUAGGCGGCUGUGCCAAGCUUAGUUGAAAUUAAAAAAGGGACGGGCAGAAAGACCAUUGCUGCUGCCAAAAAUCCCGGGAAAACACUUUGUGGAGAUUGGAGGAACGAACGAACGGGAUAGAGUUCCUACUCUCACGGAACCGAGGGAUAAAGAACUAUAGACUACACCUCGGGAUAAAGAUGAUAGGAAAGCAGGCCCAACCGACUAAACCUCCUCUCCCUAUCGGUUGAGCAUAUGAUAAACCUAUGGUCUAACAUAUUCCCUCUCUCUUUUCAGUUGAGCAUAUUGCAUAACCUCUCACUUUGUUCGAGUAUAUUCUAACCUCUCCCUUACCUUCCCGUUGCGGGAAAAGUCUCUCUUGCUUUGCUUGUUUGCUUUGUUCCUUAUAGCAAUGGGGCAAGCUUCCUUUCAUUAGUCUCGGGUGAAGUAUAUGGCGGAUCUUUCCUUCUUUGGCAAAAUGUGGCAUACUCCCUUCUGGUCUAUCCACGUGCGACUUUUCAUUAUAAAAAAGGAGAAAGGAUGGAAGCUCUCCAGAUACUUUUCAUAUUAUUUGAAGAAAGGUACGUAGAUGUUUAUUGCUGAUCUUAUCAAGUACGGGAUUUGAUUCAGUAAGCUAAGGCCUAAUCGAGCUUAGCCAUGUGUAGAUCGAAAAGGUUUCGCGAAGCCGACCAAUGUCUGGUAGAGUAGGAGCCAACAAAGAAAGUCAUGUGCUUUAUGGCCUCUGUAUCGAGAUAUCACUUUGGAUCUGCUGGAGACUUCAUCGACAUGGCUGAAACCAGAUGUGCUAGAGGAUUGAUGAUAACAUUUGAUUGCUCAAGUGUGUGACAAAUAUGUCCCCUAACAUAUCACAAAAAAUAAGGCUUCGCACCAAGAACAAUAAUACCACCCGAGUCCUAACCCCUGAAAUUUCUUCCAUGUUCUCGAUUAAGAGAUGUGGUUUGCUAAACCUGACUGACUAACGCAUAAUAAGUAGCUGGAGGAGUGGGGGGAGGUGGGCAAGGUCUAUUUAUAUAGUAUAGCAAAAGCCUAUAUAUAUAUAUGGAGUUCUACGGUACCCAGGGUGAAAUCCGGGGUACCGCAUACCUUGAGUAAGAAAACGCUAUCCAGAACUUGAAUUGACUGAUCUUUUGGACAUGACACUAUACUCUAACCCUUAAAGAUCAAAAUCUAGGUCUUGAUUCUCUAAAUCUUAUACCCCAAGAUCAAUUUAAUUAGAACCUAGGGUUCACUCAUUAAGGGUUAGGGUAUAGUAUCAUGCCCAAAAAUCCUGCUAAUUCGAGGUCUAGUUAGCGUUUUCUUACUCAAGGUAUGUGGUACCCCGGAUUUCACCCGGGGUACCGUAGAAGGCACUCUAUAUAUAUAUAUAAGAGUGAGCUAUCUAUCUGUUAGCGAAUAAGAUUCAUGAAGGUUCCUACCUACCUAUAACUGGCACCAUGAAUACAAUCCCCUCUACAUAGAUGUUCCUAGCCACGAGAUGAGGGGAAUCACUGAGGAAAAAAGGAAGUUCUGCCCAGCCAUGCUGCUCAAGAUAGGCGCUCACCUUUUCCCACACUUCGGGAACGUAAGCGCUAGAGGAAGGUUAGCUGCUUACUACUGGUUGGAACGUAGGCUGGAGACAGAUGACAAAGUCCAGCCAGUUGUUGUCAAUGUGCUAAAGGAAUCUGCUCACCGGGCUAGUGCAGAAUGCGCAAGUGUGAUCUUCGAGACUGACGGGAAACCGUGGUACUAUGACAUUUUGCGGUACAUUGAAGACAAGGAAUAUCCGGAGGGUGCCAGUUCAAAUGAGAAGAGAACAAUACGAAGGCUAGCUGCGGGGUAUGUGCUGAGUGGCAAGGUUCUGUACAAAAGAGGUUACGGAAACGUCCUGCUGAGGUGUGACGAUUCUAAGGAAGUCAGGUACAUCAUAAGAGAAGUGCAUGAGGGAGUCUGUGGAACACAUGCUACCGGGCAUGCUAUAGCCCGCAAGAUUUUGAGAGCAGGGUCUUACUGGCAAGAAUAAAUGGCUGAGUGCUAUGAAUAUGUCAGGAAGUGCUAGAAAUGCCAAGAGUACGGCGAUCAUCUCAAUGCACCAUGGCUCUCUAUGUAGGGCAUGGAUGUCAUCGGGCCUAUCACUCCAAAAGCUUCCAAUGGACACAGCUUCAUACUUGUAGCCAUUUACUAUUUCACGAAAUGGAUUGAGGCCGACUCUUAUGCGUACGUUCCAAAGUCCACAGUGACAAGAUUUAUCAAGAGGGAAAUCAUCUGCAGGUAUGGAGCGCCCCGUGGUGGGAGGGAAAGGUUGAUGGCGGAUGGGUAAAGAUAGGAAGGGAGCACUUCACUAGAAGGAAAAGAGAACUAAAAAGGUCGAGCUACUUCCUCCCUUCACCACUCUCAUAGGAUACCUUUCACGGGCUAAUUAACGUGUCUUAAAAGGCUUUCUUUUUAGCUCUUCUGAGUGCAUUAUCAAUGACAGAAGCGAGAUGCGAGCAGGUGUGCGGUGCAUCUGUUCUACCACUUGGUAUUCACUCUGCUUCAUUAUUCUUUUCUUGUGGCUUGUCUAGCAUAUCCUCUGGUGAAAGUGGGGCACUGGAACUUGGUUCCCCAACCUAGGAGGAUGUGGGGCCAACUAAGAGGACUCCAAUACUAUGGCCAGCCUCCUCCUCUAGCUUUGUUUACUUCCGCCCAAAUACGGUAACUUGACCCCAGUAUACGAACUCCCAAUUAGUAACUAUCCCUGACAACUCCCCGUCAUCUCAGAGGCUCCCUGAAACUCCUAAUAGCCUCUCACACUCCUCUGAUCCUCCUUUACCCCUUACGGAGGAUUGUAUAUCUCCAAGCCACUGCACUCAACCCCCUAAUUCUCGUAUGCAGGUAGAUGAGGGGGCGCUAAAGGCUAAAGCUGCGACUGAAGCGAUGGACUCGGAGGGGUCCAAUGAUACGAUUAGUUCCAUGGAGGCUUAGGCCUCUGACCCAGCCGGCUCUAGACCACACCUUUUCUUUUAUUAUUAUUUCUUUAUGUCUUUUAAAAUUUUAGCGUUGAAUUGUUGUGGUGCGGUAACGAUAGAUUGCGACGUGCGGUAUUCGAUCUAAUCAAGGACCAUCAUCCUU